AUGAUGAGUCGCACUCCUGAUGCGAGAGCAAGAGAUAACCUCACAAGGCAGAUCCAGGAGAGCGUGAACAACGUGGAGAAACACUUCGGGGAGUUGUGCCAACUGUUUGCAGCAUAUGUGCGCAAAACUGCACGACUAAGGGAUAAAGCUGACGUGUUAGUGAGAGAAGUAAGCCUUUAUGCAGACACGGAGACGCCAAAUCUGAAAAAUGGGUUAAAACUUUUCGCAGAUCAGCUCGCCAAAGUUCAAGAUUAUCGCCAAGCAGAGGUGGAAAGACUGGAAGCCAAAGUCAUAGAGCCUUUGAAAAGUUAUGGGGGAGUUGUGAAACAAAAAAGGGAAGAUUUGAAGAACACACAGAGUGCCAGGAACCGAGAGGCCAAGCAGAUGCAGCAGCUGGAGAGGAUGAGACAGAGAAACCCAUCAGACAGGCAAAUCAUUUCACAGGCUGAGAGUGAGCUCCAGAGGGCCACAAUGGAUGCUACACGCACGACUCGCCAACUGGAGGAGACAAUAGACGAAUUCGAAAGGCAGAAAAUCCGGGAUAUCAAGAAGAUCUUUGGUGAGUUUGUAACAGUGGAAAUGACAUUUCAUGCUAAAGCGUUGGAGGUGUACACUACUGCCUACCAGCACAUUCAGAAUGUGGAUGAGGAAGGGGAUCUGGAGGUGUUCAGGAGCACACUGCAUCCCCCUGACUACCAGUCACGGUUAGAAAUAGUCCGUGCUAAUUCCAAAACCUCUCUGAAUCGGACAGGCACAAGCAUGAGUAAAUCAGGGACUUUGCAGCAACAAAGGACUCCAAGUAGACAGAGGGAAGAGGAGGUGGAAGAUGAUGAUGAUGAGGAGGAGGACGAAGACGAGGAGGAAGAGGAUGAUUUGGAGGAAGUCACGGAUGACGAGAAUUAA